UUUUAACGCGACACGGUCGGUCUCGGUAACUCUUCCGUGUGAAGAUGGCGGAGUACGUGCACCUCGUCCGCAGAGCUCUGGGACAGAUCGGAGGUCACGGAGGAGUCCGAGGCUUCCUGCUGCAGCUUUUCAGGGUGAACGAUGUGAAGACAGGAGCCCUGAUCGGCGUGGAUAAAUAUGGGAACAAAUAUUACGAGGACAAAAAGAACUACUUCUUUGGACGUCACCGCUGGGUGAUCUACACCACAGAGAUGAACGGAAAGAAGACCCUGUGGGAGGUGGACGGCAGCAUGGUUCCAGCUGAAUGGCAUCGCUGGCUGCAUUGUAUCACAGAAGACCCCCCCACCACACAUCCACCGGAGCCCAGGAAGUUCCUGGCUGAGGUCCACCAGUUCAACGUGAGCGGCAGCCCGCAGCAGUACGUGCCCUACCCGACCACCCGCAAGAAGAUCCACGAGUGGGUUCCACCCAAAGCCGGAGCUCAGUGAACUCUGAGUGCGUUUCGUUGUAAAUUAUGGUUUCCUGCCUCUGUAUCCAACAUGUCCCGAAUAAAAUCUCUAUACAGACAUUUA